AUGGACAACUCAAGGCAAGGAAGCGGCCAGGGGCUGCUGAGGAGGACUCGGAAGACGCGAGCAUCUGCUUGUAGCCCAGAUGCCUGCCUGGAAGCCAGGGCAGACAAGACUGAAAACAUCGAUGUCGGCUCGAUUCUCGACAGCAUCGAGAGGCAAGAUGCUCUACCCGCUAUACCCAAGCAGAGCUUGGUCGAGGCAGAGGCACCACGGCUUGGAUCACCACUUUUCGCCCGAGAUGAUGACAAACCACGCGGGCCACCAAUCAACCAAGACCGGGAACACCUGCUGAUUGCAGCUGGAGCGAUUGGUGCUUUCAUAUUGUUCUGCUUCCUUGGAUGGAUCAUCUAUCGAGUCCUGAAGAAAUCGGGCAAGUUGGGCGGUCCCCCGGCUGUCCCAUUUGAAGCGUCCCCAUGGGGUAUGAGGAACGGCAAGUUCUCUCAGUACCCCCCGAGCGAGCCACCCUCGAUGUACGACAAAGCUGAGAUGGGCUACGGCGCCGAUAAAAUGUACGCACGGUCGUCCUAUGCCUACUCGGGCGGUGGCACGCUGCGUCGGCAAGCACCUGGUAUCCCCGUGAACGGGCAGUUCACUGGACAGGGCAAUGGCCUCCCGCGAAACGCAGACGACCGCGCCAUCGAUCAGUACUACAAUGAACUCUUUGCAUCACAGCCUCCGGCAAGCGCGCGGGAUCCAGCGCAGCGUCAGUACCGAAUGAGUGACGUUUCCUCUCUCUCGUCUGGUUUCGGGGACGGCGACUUCAUUGUCACACAGCCUCUGCCAGCCCCGCCUCGUGCCGCCACUUCUCAACCCUCUGCACCCAGCCAGCGAGGAUCGGCAGCCUACUCACGGCCACCUUCAUGGACAAGCCAACCAGAGAGUAGAAGGGAGACCGUCUAUACCACCACCAGCGAGGAUCGUCCGGCCCGGUUCCGGACGCUCAGCAGCUGGGUCAAUCAGCAAUCCGGGAGAGUCAAGCGCGCGGAUUCUCGGGCGCAGGAGCGAGGAGAGAUUCCUGUCAUGCCUGCCAUCCCUGGCGAAAUGAGCUUCAUCCGCCAGACAACAUACAGGUGA